UUAUUUUACUGUCUAGGGAGUAAAAGGCAUUAAAGGAGAAGAUGGAGAAGAUGGCAUCAGUGGAAUUCCUGGAUCUCCAGGAACACCAGGCAGGCCUGGUCCGAAAGGAGAGCGAGGUCUUGAUGGCUUACCAGGAACCAAAGGCUUUUAUGGUUUGCCAGGAUCGCCUGGCCGCUCAGGGGAUAAAGGAGCCCCAGGAGACCUCGGAGUUGCAGGUCGUAAGGGUAUCAAGGGAGAGAUUGGUGACAGUAUUCCUGGUGCUCCUGGUAUUGCUGGUAGACAAGGACCACCAGGUUUUCCUGGUCUUCCUGGCAAUGUAGGCUAUCCUGGUCAACCUGGCACACCAGGAGCUUCUGGACAGAGAGGCUUAAGUGGAGAUCGUGGUUUUGAUGGCCUUGCUGGCCUUCCAGGAGAUAAUGGGCUUGACGGUACACCUGGAGGUCCUGGUCGGCCUGCCAGAGAUGGCCGAAAUGGUCUAAAGGGAGAACAAGGAUUGAUGGGAAUUCCAGGUAUUGUUGGUAAUCCUGGAGCUCCAGGACCUGAUGGAUUCCCAGGCCUUCAGGGAAUAAAUGGUGAUGUCGGGACCCGGGGUAUUUCUGGCUUUGAAGGAAACCCUGGACCAAAGGGUCAGAAGGGCUUCCCAGGAGAAAUAGGUUACCGUGGUGCACCCGGUCUAAAUGGAACCUAUUCUGGUCAUGGUGAUGUUGGUGAAAAAGGUUUGCAAGGCGAUUAUGGACAAAUGGGUUUUCCUGGAAUUAUUGGAGGAGUUGGCCUACCUGGAUUACCUGGCAUAAGCUACACAGGUGCUAAAGGUCAAACAGGACCCAUUGGUCUUCCAGGAACUCCAGGUGCACCCGGCAGAUAUGGACAGAAGGGUACCAUGGGAAUGAUGGGUUUACCUGGCAUCAGUGGAGAUCGAGGUGAGCCAGGAGAUGUGGGUUUCCCUGGACCACCUGGAGGAAGAAUAGUAGGUCCUCCAGGCCCUCAGGGAUGGCCUGGACCUAAGGGCCAGGCUGGUGAGCCUGGCAGGUUUGGAAAUAAGGGUCUACCCGGUGAUAUUGGUCCUGUUGGUUGGCUUGGACGAAAUGGGUUGCAGGGCAUCAGAGGACCACCAGGUGACCGUGGCCAACCAGGCAUAAUUAUUGGUGGGAGCAGAGCUGACAAUGGAGAUCCUGGUCGACCAGGGCUACCAGGAGAUCCUGGAAGAGAUGGUUUACCUGGUCUUCCAGGAAUCAAGGGUUCAAUCGGUGACACUGGCCAGGAAGGUUUUCGCGGUCGACCUGGACUUCCAGGCUAUCGUGGUGAUGAUGGUGUAAGAGGGCUUCGGGGUCUAGAAGGAUUACCAAGUAGAAAAGGUGAACCUGGGCAAAAUGGUAUUGAAGGUCGCCCAGGGCAGUCAGGCCGACCAGGCCUUCAUGGACAGAAAGGUCAACCAGGGGACUUUGGCAUAGAUGGGCCAGCUGGAGCGAAAGGUUUGCCAGGCAUCAGCCGCCCUGGGUUAAAGGGGGUGCGAGGAGAUCCAGGGUUUCCUGGUCCUCGUGGUAGAAGUGGGACUCCAGGGUUGCCAGGUCUUGAAGGUCCACCAGGAGACAGAAGCUUAGUGAGAGGUGCACCAGGAACACCCGGUGCCCCUGGCUUACGGGGCCCAAAGGGUCAGGCAGGAGAUAUUGGACGUCAAGGAUACUCCCAGCCACCUGGUUUGUCAGGUGUUGUGGGGGACAGAGGCUUCCAAGGCUUCCCAGGACUGCUUGGCAUAGUUGGAGAGCCAGGAGACAUUGGAAGUUCUGGUUUACCUGGGCCACCAGGAAUUGUUGGAUUAAAGGGUGUCCGAGGAGAUGUAGGAAUUGAGGUUUGGCAGGUACACCCGGACUACUAGGCAACAGAGGUGAUAUUGGUAAUGUAGGUGGUCUUGGUGAAGCUGGUUUCAUGGGUAAACCUGGUCGAGAUGGUCAGAAGGGACAGAAGGGUAUGGUUGGUGAUGCUGGUCGUCCAGGGCCUCCAGGGCAACCUGGUGCCCGGGGACUCAGGGGCAUUCAAGGUU